UACGCCAUUCUCUCCCACACAUGGGGCAAACAAGAGGUCGAUUUUCACCACAUGUCGAAUCUGAACAGCGCAAAGACAAAAACCGGAUGGAACAAAAUCAGGAUGACCUGCAAACUAGCUCGCUCCAGAUUCAAGUACGCAUGGGUCGACACAUGCUGCAUUGACAAGAGCAGCAGCGCCGAGUUGACAGAGGCCAUCAACUCCAUGUACUCCUGGUAUCAAUCAGCCGAAAUAUGUUACGUCUACCUAGCAGACCCAAGUCCAAUACCCGAAAGGCUUAGGGGCACGUAUCGUUACGAUUAUCUUAGAGAAAAACUACCCAAGUGCCGCUGGUUUUGUCGGGGCUGGACUCUGCCAGAGUUGAUAGCCUCGAAGCAAAUCGAGUUUUACGAUAAGAAAUGGAACCUCGUAGGCGAGAAGAGCGACCUCAUAACCAUCAUUCAGGAGAUCACACGAGUCGACGUAAGCAUUUUGCAAGAUAACUCGGACCUGCAAACGCUCCCGAUUGCACGUCGCAUGUCCUGGGCCGCCGGCCGCAAAACCACAAGAGUCGAAGAUAUUGCCUACUGCCUCCUUGGUAUAUUCGACAUCAACAUGCCAUUGCUGUACGGCGAGGGAUCAAAAGCAUUUCAAAGACUUCAAGAACACAUCGCCAAUGCGACCAACGAUCUAAGCCUUUUUGCGUGGGAGAAAAAGGUCGACUACCAGGCGGGUUCUGCUUCAGGGCUUAGCGGUGUCUUUGCAGAGUCUCCAGCAGACUUUACACACUGUUCUACCCUCAUGAGACACCGGGAUCGAUUCCAAUUCAGAAACGACUUUACCCUUACCAAUGACGGUCUUCAAGUC